AUGCCAUUAGUAUCAAGUUUUCUUCAGCCCCUUCAAGUUCAAGCCAACAACAUGUACAAGCUCUUAAUCCAUGGGCCAAUUCUCCAAUCAGCAGCAGAGGUAGAGAGUUUGAGUUUCAGAAGAGAACGGUGCCCACCGGAUCCAACCCUUUACACAAUAAGAGAUAGAUGUGUCUAUAUUGAUGUUGCAUUUGCAUCUGAUAUUAGAAAGAGGGCAGAGUUAGCUAGAUAG